AUGCCUUUCGGGUUAUGUAAAGCACCGACAACAUUUCAUCGGUGUAUGCAAGCUAUCUUUUCCGACUUGAUUGAGAAGUGCAUCGAAGUGUUUAUGGAUGACUUCUCGGUUUUUGGUCCUUCUUUUGAUCUAUGUUUAAAAAAUCUUGAUACCGUGCUAAGUCGAUGUGUGAAGUCAAAUUUGGUUCUAAACUGGGAGAAGUGCAACUUUAUGGUUACCGAAGGAAUUGUGCUCGGCCACAAGGUUUCUUCAAGAGGCCUUGAGGUGGAUAAAGCAAACAUUGAAGUGAUAGAGAAGUUUCCCCCUCCCUUGAAUGUGAAAGGAAUCCGAAGCUUUCUAGGACAUGCCGGGUUUUAUCAAAGAUUUAUCAAAGAUUUCUCCAAAGUUGCAAAGCCCUUAAGUAAUCUACUCAACAAAGCUAUCAAAUAUCUUCUCACAAAGCCGGACUCGAAACAAAGGCUAAUUAGGUGGAUUCUCUUGCUUCAAGAGUUUGAUCUUGAAGUGAGAGACAAAAAAGGGUCCGAAAAUAUGGUGGCUGAUCAUCUAUCUCGCUUAGUGAAUACCGAGGUAACAAAAUUUGAAAGUGAGGUGAAAGAAGAAUUUCCUGAUGAGAAACUGUUUAUGGUCCAAGUUAGACCUUGGUUCGCGGACAUGGCUAACCAUAAAGCGAUCGGGUGGAUUCCCGAAGAUCUAACUUGGAACCAAAAAUGGAAGUUCUUGUCCGAUGCUAAUUUUUACGUGUGGGAUGAGCCUUAUCUAUUCAAGUUGAGUAGUGACAAUCUCUUGAGGAGAUGUGUUACUAGUGAGGAAUCUCAAAGUAUUUUGUGGCAUUGUCACAUUUCACCAUAUGGUGGCCACUAUAAUGGAUUGCGUACGACAACUAAAGCCCUUCAGGCGGGUUUUUGGUGGCCUACGUUGUUUAACGACGCUUAUCAUCAUGUGUCAAGUUGUGACAGUUGUCAACGGAGUGGUGGAAAUGGUCGACGAGAUGAAAUUCCCCUACAAAGCUUCUUAGAGGUGGAAGUGUUUGAUUGUUGGGAGAUUGACUUUGUUGGGCCAUUUCCAUCCUCUUUGUAA